AAAAAGGGUUUAAGUUACAUAUUCCAAUUCACUUUGUUAUAUAUAAACAACCAAGAAACAGAACCCAUUUCAUUCUCACACAGCCGCCUCCCAAUUUUCAAUUCACAAAUUUCUAGGUUGGUUUUGGGUUUCAGAUUUUAGUUCCGGAACAAGAAAUCGGUGACGGGUUAUUUUGAUCGUGGAUUGAAGAGAGAAUGGAUCAAAUGACGACUGAUCAGAGCCUGCAACAAGUGGGUACGAAGAGGCCGAAGACGAAGAUCGUGUGUACUCUGGGACCGGCUUCUCGUUCGGUUCCAAUGGUUGAGAAGUUGUUGAGGGCAGGGAUGAAUGUUGCUCGCUUCAAUUUCUCACAUGGAUCCUUUGAAUACCAUCAGGAAACCCUCGAUAAUCUCCGAACCGCCAUGGAUAAUACUGGUAUCCUCUGUGCCGUCAUGCUCGACACGAAAGGUCCAGAGAUUCGAACCGGGUUUCUGAAAGAUGGCAAACCGGUACAACUGAAACAAGGUCAAGAGAUCACCAUCUCCACCGAUUACACCAUUAAAGGCGACGAGAAGAUGAUUUGCAUGAGCUACAAGAAGUUAGCUCACGACGUAAAACCGCAGAGUGUGAUACUGUGUGCAGACGGCACCAUUUCGUUUACUGUUCUGUCUUGUGAUACCGAAAAUGGGUUGGUUCGUUGUCGUUGUGAGAACACUGCGGUUCUCGGUGAGAGAAAGAACGUUAAUCUUCCUGGAGUGGUCGUGGAUCUCCCUACGAUGACGGAGAAAGACAAAGAAGAUAUCAUGAAGUGGGGUGUUCCUAAUAAGAUCGACAUGAUUGCUCUCUCGUUUGUCCGAAAAGGUUCCGAUCUGAUCGAGGUUCGCAAGUUACUCGGAGAACAUGCGAAAACCAUCCUUCUUAUGUCUAAGGUUGAGAAUCAAGAAGGGGUAGCCAACUUUGAUGAAAUCUUGGCCAACUCCGACGCCUUUAUGGUGGCGCGUGGUGAUCUCGGGAUGGAAAUUCCGAUCGAGAAAAUAUUUCUAGCUCAGAAAGUUAUGGUAUACAAGUGCAACUUACAAGGAAAGCCGGUUGUGACCGCCACUCAAAUGUUGGAGUCGAUGAUCAAGUCUCCAAGGCCAACUCGAGCCGAAGCCACCGACGUUGCCAACGCGGUCCUUGAUGGCACCGACUGCGUCAUGCUUAGCGGUGAAACCGCAGCCGGGGCUUACCCGGAGCUCGCGGUUCAAACCAUGGCCAAGAUUUGCAUGGAAGCGGAAAGUACAAUAAAUUAUUCAGAUGUGUUCAAAAGGAUCACUGCAAAUGCACCUGUGCCCAUGAGCCCACUUGAAAGCUUGGCCUCUUCUGCGGUCCGAACCGCCAUCUCAUCUAAAGCCAGUCUGAUAUUGGUUCUAACCCGAGGAGGCAGCACUGCGAAACUGGUGGCGAAGUACCGGCCCGGCAUGCCUAUACUGUCGGUGGUGGUUCCUGAAAUCAAGACCGACUCUUUCGAUUGGUCGUGCAGCGAUGAAUCUCCGGCUAGGCAUAGCCUAAUCUUUAGGGGUUUGAUUCCGGUUUUGAUUGCAGGAUCUGCGAGAGCUUCUCAUGCGGAGUCUACUGAAGAAGCGAUCGAGUUUGCGUUGCAGCAUGCUAAGGAGAAAGGUCUGUGCAAGAUUGGUGAUGCGGUGGUGGCUUUACACCGCAUUGGAACCUCAUCGAUCAUCAAGAUUGUGACGGUGAAGUGAUUGAUUCCGUUUUUGGGGUAUUUUUUGAGCCUUUGUUGGCAUCUAUUAUUAUGUCGGUAAGCUACAGUCGAUGGUUUUGGUAAAGGAUAAACUGAACGUUUCACGGGAAACGCCUAAUGCAUUUUGAGUUACCUUUGAACUAUGGCAAUCUUAUUAUUUGGAUAUCGGCC